AUGAGGCAGAGCAGCAGCAACAACAGCAGCAACGGCAACAACAGCAGCAACGACAACAGCAGCAGGAGCAGCAGCAGCAGCAACCGCAGCAGCAGCAGCAGCAGCAGCAGCAACACUGGAAGAGAGGCCUGCAGAGAUUCCACACAAGCGCGGGCGAUACGUGUGCUGCAUCAGGGACACAAACGCCAACAGCAGCAGCAGCAGCAGCAGCAGGAGCAGCAGCAGCAGCAGCAACAGCAGCAACAGCAGAUGGCAAGGGGAGCACGACUGUCUCUGUUUAGCAGCAAAAAACCCCACAGACAGCAGCAGCAGCAGCAGCACCAGCAGCAGCAACUGCAGCAGCAGAUGCUCAAGCAGCUGCUGCAAGAAGAAAGAGACCUGGCGUUGACUCAGCAUGGUUUGGUGGCUGACGGGGCGCUUCUCUCCUGGCGGGCUGCUCAGCUGUCGCACGAGCUGUUCGCUAGACAGCAGCAGCAGCAGCAGCAGCAGCAGCAACAGCAGCAGCAACGGCAGGAGAAGAAUUUUCCUAGUGCAGGAGUGUACCGGGUAGGCGGAGACAGCGGGCCUCUGCCCCUGAACAGCAGCAGCAGCACACUUGCUAGCAGCAGCAGCACAGCAAUCUGUGUUGCAGAUAGGCAUGAUAGAAGCUGCAACAGCAGAGGCUGCAGCAGCACGAUGAGCAGCAGCAGCAGCAGCAGCAGCAGCAGCAGCAGCACAAACUCCUGCGUCCCGCCAAAGACCCAACGCUCGCUGCUUGCCUACCGUGCCCUUCUCAGCGUUGGCAGGGGCCUCUAUAGGAGCGUGAGGUCUCUGAGCUGGGACGGAAGCAGCAGCAGCAGCAGCAGCAGCAGCAGCAGCAAUAAGGACAGCAGCGUCAGCAGCAGCAGCAGCAGCAGCAGCGAAAACAGCACGUGCCCUUCUUCCUUACGCAGCUCGGAAAACGCCAGCGGGAUGUGCAUGCUGCUGGGUGCAUCACAAACCAAUCGAGAGCAGUGCAGCAGCAGCAGCAGCAGCAGCAGCAAAAGUAGCAAUAGCAGCAGUAGCAGCAGAAGCAGCAGCAGCAGCAGCAGUAGCCAUAACAGCUGUAGCAUUGACCCCGCAGCUGUGCAGCUGCAGCCCAGGAGCUGGGCUGGGAGACUUCGCUUCUGGAGCAAGAGAGAGACGCACGGAGCAGCAGCAGCAGCAGAAGCAGCAGCAACUGCAGCAACGCCAGCCGCAGCAGCAGCAGCGACCGCGCAGCAGCAGCAAGAGGGGCUUGAUGCGGGUGUACCCCCUGGUGACUGCUGCAGGGGUCCAGAGCACCCGCCUAUCGACGCUGUAGCAUUGACCCCGCAGCUGUGCAGCUGCAGCCCAGGAGCUGGGCUGGGAGACUACGCUUCUGGAGCAAGCGAGAGACGCACGGAGCAGCAGCAGCAGCAGCAGCAGCAGCAGCAACUGCAGCAACGCCAGCUACAGCAGCAGCAGCGACCGCGCAGCAGCAGCAAGAGGGGCUUGAUGCGGGUGUACCCCCUGAUGACUGCUGCAGGGGCCCAGAGCACCCGUCGGCCGACGGAGACAAUCGUGCGGGAGUUUGUUCAGCUGAGACAGCAGCAGCAGCAGCAGCAGCAGCAGCAGCAGCAGCAACAGCAGCAGCAGCAGAGCAACCGCAGCAACAUGAGGCGUCUCUUCUCCAGGCGGUCUGCACAGCAGCAGCAGCGAAAGGACACAGCAGCAGAAGGAGACUGGGCGGAGGCAGCAAUGAAGCUGCUGCAGCAAACCUUUGAGCUGCAGCGUACAGGAGACAAUCGUGCGGGAGUUUGUUCAGCUGAGACAGCAGCAACAGCAGCAGCAGCAGGAACAGCAGCAACAGCAGCAGCAGCAGAGCAACCGCAGCAACAUGAGGCGUCUCUUCUCCAGGCGGUCUGCUGCACUAAGUGGCAGCAACAAGCAGCAGCGUGA